UGUAAGUUCUAGUUAAAUCCAACUUUGACAGAAGAAUAUCACCAGGACUUCAUUGAGAAUGGAUUCUGAGAAUAAACAUGAAAAUGACGAGGAUGAAAGUGUUAAGGAGGGAAGAGACACAAGAAGCGUUUCAUCCCAUGAUGCCAGUUGUGGGCCUGUAUCUGAUGAGAUAACAAAUGCCUCUGAGAAGUUUACAAGCAAAAGGGUCUUUUCAGAAUCAUCCAAGGCCGACAGUGUUGCUAUAGAGGAAGACAGAAUUGAACUUGCUUCCAAACGACUGAGAACAGAGGCUGUGGAGCCCCUGGAGAUGAGCGAGCAGGGUGCCUGUGGCUCAGGCACUGUGGAAGCUAGUGUCCAUUUGGCUGAAGCGGGAAAGGAGGCCUUUUCAGAGAACCACUCAGAUGGAGGCAGAGCUCUCCCGAAUAUCUUCUCCCGAUCCUGUGGUUUUAGCACGUGUGAUUCUCUUCCUCUGAAAGCAGAUGUAGUGAGAGAGCCUGCUCAGGAAAUGGGUUCCCUUGUUCCUGAAACGCACACUCCUUUUCCUGCAGAAGAAAUGAGUGUUAGCUAUAACUUUGGAAAUGGAGACACAGUGGUCAAGUGCAGCAUGUGUGGCCAUUCAUUUUCCUCCUGCUCUGCUUUGGAAGAGCAUGUGGGAUGUCAUGUGGAGCAGGGGAAGGGAAAUGCCUGUUGCCACUGUAGCCACAGAGCACACCACAGCUCUUCUCCUCAUGCACAUCUCAGACACACUCACGGGCCACAGAAAGGCUUUUCCUGUGAUCUCUGUGGCUUUCAGUGUGCUGAGGAAAACUUGUUGAAUGAACAUUAUCUUGGCAAAACACACCUUCGUCGUCAGAAUCUUGCUGCUCGUGGAGGAUUUGUACAGAUCUUAACAAAACAGCCUUUUCCUAAAAAAGCCUGUGUCAUGGGAACAAAGAAUAUUAGAACAAAACCAAGAGCUUCUAAACCAAUAGCAAGGAAUGAGGAUUCAAAAGGAGUACAGCAUACUGGGAACAAAUUUAAAGAGUGCAGAGGAGCCCUUUCUGAACACGGUAGUAGUGAGCUCCUUGUUAAAAUGGUGCCAUGUAGGAAUAUCUCAUCAGGGAAAGCAGAGAUAGUUGAGGAAAAUGGUACGUUGGGCAUAGCUCAAAAUCCUGAAAAUCAGAACAAACAGCUAGGGAGCUUAGGAUGUUCAGAGGGUCUUUUAAAUAAAUCAGAGUCCACCAGAAAUACCCUCCAGACAGCACAUAGCAGUAUCAGUACCGCCGCGAGGCCGAGGUCUGAGCGAAAUCUUCUAAUGCUAGGUAAUAGCUUCCGCAGACGAAGUGGCAGUUUUACUUUAAAGGGCCAGGCAAAGAAAAGGUUUAACCUUUUAGGAAUCAAUAAACGGGGUACAAAUGAAACUCAGAGGAUGUAUAUGAAACACUUGAGAACACAGAUGAAAACAAAUGAUGCACAGCCAAUGCUGGAUCAAAUACAAAUGGGCAAGGAUGUCCAAAGUCUGUGUGUGACUACCUCAGACAGCCCAGAAGUGAUGCAGGACAAGGCAGCUUCCUGUCUUUCAGGCUCCACACAGCCGGCUGCCCUGCCAGUAAAGCCAGCUGCCCACCAGAUUCUUGUACAGUGCACCUGUACAGAGUGUGGUCAGAAAGCUGCAAACAAGACAGACUUGGAAAUUCAUGUUAAAAAGUGCCAUGCAAGAGAGACGCAGUUUUACUGUCAGGCUUGUAGCUUUUCUAGUCCAGCACCGGGAGACGUAGAGGAACACCUGCACAGUAGCCAGCAUCAGCAGAUGGCUCCUGUCCUCAGCUGCCGGUGCUGUUCCUUCAGUUCCUCCAAUGAAGUGAGUCUCCGAGACCACAUGAAGGAAAAGCAUGGCCAGGGCUUCUUUUGCACCUCUUGUAACCUGUUCUUGUCUGAGAACGAUGUGGAAGAGCACAGAGCAACUGAGAUGCAUGAUAGUUUAGUGGUUCAACCAAAGAUGGCUUCAUCAUUGAGCAGUGAUUCUGUUUUACCUUUAAGUACUUUAGAGUCAAAACCCACAGAAGAUUGUAGAGGAGAAUCAGGGAAAGCAGCUCAGGAAGAACCUGCAGAGUCCAGGGUAAGCCAUGGGACUGAAGCAAGGCAUUCGAGUAAGCCUCAGUUUCAGUGUAAGAAGUGCUUUUAUAAAACAAGGUCUUCCACUGUCCUCACAAGACACAUAAAGCUUCGCCAUGGUCAGGACUAUCACUUUCUUUGUAAAGCAUGUAAUCUUUAUUCAUUGAGCAAAGAAGGAAUGGAGAAGCACAUUAAAAGAAGCAAACACCUCGAAAAUGCUAAGAAAAACAAUAUUGGUUUAAGUUUUGAAGAGUGCAUUGAAAGGGUAUGUAUAGGUGCAAAUGAUAAGAAAGAGGAGUCUCCUGGUUGUGGAAGUGGGCGGUCCGAAGGCCAUGUUGGCAUGUGGUUACAGGAGCGUUCCUGUCGUGAGCAGAGUGUGCUGCCUUCCAAGGAACUGCCCCAGUCUGUUGCUGUCGCCAAAGACGAGGAAUUAGCUGUAGCUACCGCUCCAAAGAGAGGGAGGCCCAAAGGCAGCAUUUCUCGGACUUGUUCGCACUGUGGACUUCUGGCCUCUAGUAUUACAAAUUUGACCGUGCACAUCAGACGUAAACACAGUCACCAGUACAGUUAUUUGUGCAAAGUAUGUAAGUAUUAUACUGUAACUAAAGGAGAUAUGGAACGCCAUUGUGCUACCAAGAAACAUAAAGGACGGGUAGAAAUAGAAGCCAAUGGAAAACAAAGUUCAGAUAUAAUUGUUGGCCCUGAAGGGGGUAAUCUUGAAGUGUGUAAAAACACCCCGCUUGCAGUGACUCUUUCUGAUGAACAGGCUAACAUGUCAGCUAAGGUAGAUACUUCUACUUUGGAAAAGCCAGUGGUAGAUGAUCGAAAUGCCCCUGAAGUUGAAGCCGGAAGUGCAUUCCAUUCUGUAGCUGCAGAAGUCAGCAGUUGUCUCUCCGACACAAAGGGACAGAUACCUCUAGACACAGAGGACUGUCUGCAGCAGGAUGAUGCGUGCUCUCAGAGAGAUGUCACAGUUUCAGGGGACAACAGAUGUCUGCACUGUGAGUUCAGUGCUCACUCUGCUGCCUCGCUGGAGCUGCAUGUGAAAAGGAAGCAUACCAAAGAGUUUGAGUUUUACUGCAUGGCCUGUGAUUACUAUGCGGUGACUCGCCGAGAGAUGACUAGGCACGCUGCAACAGAGAAGCACAGAAUGAGACGGCAGUCCUACCUCAACUCCUCAAAUGUGGAAGCCGGCUCUUCAGAAAUAUCCAGGAGUGUCAUCAUACCCGAGGAGGAGCAUUCCCAAAAUUCUGAGGAAUUUCAAAUAAGUCCAGACCACUCAUCUGGAACUCUCAAAUCUAGAAAUGCUGCGGGUUGUUCUAUGUUAGAUGGCCGUGCUCAUUUAGAUAUGUCUAAAGUGCUCUGUGCCCCUGACUCAGUGGAGAUUGUGACUGAGGAAGAAUCGAAUUUUAGCGAAGAUCAUUCCCUCUGUGAGACCUUGCAACAGCCCCUUGUUAAGGACAGAAGAAUGAAACCCAAGGAGAUGGUGUCCCUUAACCCUCCCUCUAAUCACAGCUCCCCAAGCUGCCUUCAGGAGGAAGAUCCAGGAUGCUCUGCUGUAGCCUGUGCGACAGCAAAGACAAACCAUGACAUGGUGACCGAUGUUGGUGACUCAGGUGUACAUGGUGAAGCUGAGGGGGCCAGCACACAGGACAGUGGAGCUGAAGUCCUUGACAAGUCCCUCUGCCCUGGAGACAUAGAUGGGGGCCUUUCAGCUGAAUCCGCUUCCCCAGUGGUGAUGAAAAUGCCAAAAGGCCAGCUGGACGGGGAUGCUGGUGGCCAGAACAAAGUGGGAUGUGAACAGAGGAUGGAAGAUUUAAAAGAGGUGCAAGCCAACACUAUUUUUGAGAAUAAGCAAGUUCUGGUGAAUUCACAACAGGAAACUGCCAUUUUGGAGGAGGAUGGCCCGGCCUCUGAUGGCACAGUUGACAGUAGUGAUGUUUAUGAGACUAUAAUAAGUAUUGAUGAUAAAGGGCAAACGAUGUACAGUUUUGGUAGGUUUGAUUCUUCCAUAAUUAGAAUAAAAACUGAAGAUGGUGAAUUGGUAGAUCAGUCAGAAGAGGGUCUGAUGGCAACAGGGGUGAGAGUUAGUGAGCUGCCCCUAAAAGACUGUGCUCAAGGUUUGAAGAAGAGGAAAGUUGAAGGCACUUCCUUUGGUGAGUCCACACGAAUCCGAUGUGACGAUUGUGGUUUCUUAGCAGAUGGACUGAGUGGACUGAAUGUUCACAUUGCCAUGAAGCAUCCUACGAAGGAGAAGCACUUUCAUUGUCUACUUUGUGGAAAAUCGUUCUACACCGAGAGCAACCUUCACCAGCAUUUGGCUAGUGCUGGUCAUAUGAGGAAUGAACAGGCCAGUGUGGAAGAGCUUCCAGAGGGAGGGGCCACCUUCAAGUGUGUCAAGUGCACAGAGCCCUUUGAUUCUGAGCAGAGUUUAUUUCUGCAUAUUAAAGGGCAGCAUGAGGAAUUGUUGCGGGAGGUAAAUAAGUACAUCGUGGAAGACACUGAGCAGAUCAAUCGCGAGAGAGAAGAAAACCAGGGCAACGUCUGCAAGUAUUGUGGGAAGAUGUGUCGGAGCAGCAACUCCAUGGCCUUCUUGGCUCAUAUUCGGACUCACACAGGAUCAAAACCAUUCAAGUGCAAGAUCUGCCAUUUCGCAACAGCUCAGCUUGGAGAUGCCAGAAACCAUGUGAAAAGGCACCUUGGGAUGAGGGAAUACAAGUGUCACGUCUGUGGGUAA